GUGAAAAUGGCGUCACUGAAUGUAUCGGCAGAAGAGCUUUCUUGUCCUGUGUGCUGUGAAAUCUUCAAGACUCCUGUUAUUUUAUCAUGUAGUCACAGUUUCUGUAAAGAGUGUCUUCAGCAUUUCUGGUCAACCAAGAAAACCCAGGAGUGUCCUGUGUGCAGGAGAGACUCUAAACACGAUCCUCCGGUUAACCUUGCGUUAAAAAACCUGUGCGAGUCGUUCAUGAAGGAGAGAAACGAUUGCCGUUCAUCAGGAUCUGAGGAGAUCUGCAGUUUACACAGUGAGAAACUCAAACUCUUCUGUCUGGAGGACAAACAGCCGGUGUGUUUAGUGUGUAUUAACUCAGAGAAACACGACAAUCACACAUUCAGACCCAUCGGAGAAGCGGUUUCAUCACAUAAGGAGGAGCUCAAGACAUCACUGAAGUCCUUACAAGAGAAUCUGAAACAUUGUGAAGAAAUGAAAGCAGAAUUUGAGAAAACACUUCAACACAUCAAGUCUCAAGCUGAUCACACAGAGCGUCAGAUUAAACAGCAGUUUGAGAAGCUUCAUCAGUUUCUCAGAGAUGAAGAAGAAGCUACAAUCACUGCACUGAGGGAGGAAGAGGAGCAGAAGAAGCAGAUGAUGAAGGAGAAGCUGGAGGAGAUCAACACACACAUCUCAGCUCUUUCACACUCAAUCAAAGACACGGAGGAGAUGAUGAACGCCAGUGACGUCUGCUUUCUGAAGAAGUUUCCAGUCUCGAUGGAAAGAGUCCAGAUCUCAUCACAGCCGGAUCCACAGACUCCUUCUGGAGCUCUGAUUCAUGUGCCACGUUACUUGGGAAACCUGCCCUUCAGAGUCUGGAAGAAGAUGCAGGACAUCGUCCAGAACACUCCUGUGAUUCUGGAUCCAAACACGGCUCAUCCAGAUCUCAUCGUGUCGGAUGAUCUGACCAGUGUGAAAUACAGCGGGAACAAACGGCCUCUUCCUGAUAAUCCGGAGAGGUUUGACAUCUAUGACUGUGUCCUGGGUUCAGAGGGUAUUAACUCAGGAACACACUGCUGGGAUGUGGAGGUUAAACAGAGUUCAUGCUGGAGUCUCGGAGUCACUACAGCAUCAAACCGGAGGAAGGGAGAGGAUUUCUAUAACAAUGAUGUCUGGAGUGUGCGAUAUGGACAGUUUGAACAGGAUCUUGAGCGUGUGAGAGUGUAUCUGGACUAUGACAGAGGGACGGUCUCAUUCUCUGAUCCUCUAACUAGCACACAUCUACACACAUUCACAAACACCUUCACUCACACACUCUUCCCAUUCUUCUAUUGUGAUUCAUUUCAGUCGUGUUCUUCCUCUCUGAGGAUCCUGCCGUUCAGUAAUUAUUAAAUGAUACUCCUGUAGGUUUGGAUCAUCUUGCUUUCAUCUUUUACAGUCCUCAUGUUUCCAAUAU